AUGCAGAAGCCGGGCGGGACCCUGAGCGCCGCGGUCCGGGAGCACCUGAGGCGCUUGUGUCUGCGCGAGUUCCCGUGCGGCACUGGCAGCUGGAAUAAGUCGCGCUUUCUUCCUCGAACGUGGCGAACAUGGAAGGAGCUGGUCCCCAGAGACGAGGAGGCCAGGAACCCUGGGGAGGAGACGGUGGAGGCGCUCCUGGGCCUGGUCCAAAGCCCCAACUCACCCUGGGCUCUGCCGGAGGGCUCCAGUGCAGAGGACCAUUUUCUGAAGGAACUGGCCAUCCGGAAUCCCCUGGUGCUCAAAGACACCUUCUUCUACUCCUACUUCAAGUCCCUUCGGGUGGUGGACAAGCAGGUGAGCCUGGUAGAUAAAGGUCUCCUGAAAUUCCUGAAUCUUGAAGAGUUGGUACUGAGUGCCAAUCAGAUCAAGGAGAUAGACGCCAUCAACCUGCCCCCAUCACUCAAGGUGCUGGAGCUCUACGGCAACAAGAUCAGCAGCGUGGAGUGUCUGUGCACUCGCCCGCCCCCACACCUCCAGCACUUGGGGUUGGGUCACAACAAGCUUCUGGGCCCCUUGGAAAGUCUCUAUGUCACCGCAGACUACUGGCCCAACCUCGUCUCCCUGGACCUGAGCUUCAACGACCUGACGGACCUGCAGGGCCUGAUUGCCAGCCUCCGCACCCUCCCGCACCUGCGGGUGCUCGUGCUCCAGGGGAACCCACUGGCCCUGGUGCCCUACUACCGAGGCUUCACCAUCGACAGCCUGCCCCGGCUCUGCGUGCUGGACGACAUCACCGUGUCUCCCAGUGAGAAGUAUCAGUUCCGGGGGCUCAGCCGGAGUGGGGACCUCUUGGCCCGUGAGGCCCAGCUUCUGGUGACUAUUGGAAAUGUCAAGGGCGUUCUGGACACCUCUAUCCUGGACCCAGAACCUGGGCCUCAAGGCCCUUUUAUCUCAUACAGCUAUUAUGUGACCUACGACUUUGUGGAAGAUGAAGAAGGAGAAAGAAGCACGCACGGCGGCGUGCUGGCUGAGAUCGUCAAACCCUCGCCCAGCACCGAACAGCUGGAUGAGGACAUCCCUGAAGAGCUCUUCGGGGAGGCCGAAGACUCCCCUGAGUCCGGGCUGUCCAGCCAGUCGGGAGAGCUGGAGGAAUCGGGGGCCUCGGACGGCUCGGGGCACCUACCCAGGGUGACCGACUCCGCGGAGGAGCUGGCCAAGUUGCGGCCGCGAAUAGAUCCCCGGCUCUGCCCCUCCCCGGGGACUGUUCUCUUCAGCACCGUCCGCAAGCCCUGGACUGACGUCAUCCCCUGCCAUUAUGAGAUGCAUCACACGCUCCGGGACUUGGUGCCCCUCAAGGCCUUCCUGCUGGCAGGGACCACCGUGACCAUCGUGGAGGAGAAGAUUCUCUCCUGGCCUCCAGUGCCUUCACCUGUCGACGCUGUGUUGUCUACCAAGAGCGGAAAAGGGGAGAAGGACAAGAAGGGGCAGAAGGACAAAGACAAGAAGGGAAAGGACCGGAAGGACAAGGCUGGGAAAGGGGAGAAAGAGACGGUGCCGAAGGAGCAGAAGGCGUCCAAGAAGAAGGAGCUUCCUAAGGAGCUCCGGCAGGACCCGCCCAUCCUGCGGGUGCUGGGCAGCGGCUUGGUGGCCUUGGAGCCCCUGCUGGUGGGGGAGCCACUGGUGUCCGAAGUGUGCAACUUCGGGGUGAUCCGCACCUUGGAAACGGACAACCUGAUCGCCCUCAGGGAUGCAAAGAAGAACAAGAACAAGAAAGCUAAAAAAGAGAAGAAUAAGUCUGCGGUUCACAUGGACGACGGCGACUACCAGCCGCAGCCCCUGACGGUGGAGGUGCAGGUGCAGCUGAACCAGUACCGCUCGGCAGAGGAGGCGCUCCGGGAGAUGUCCCUGUAGCGCGCGGGAUUAAAGGCUGUUCUGACGA